ACACUUCUUGUGAAUCACUUGUGAUGCUGACCACAGAUAUGAUUCAUGUCUAGUCUUUGAUCAUAUCUGCAAUAAAUUGUAAAUCAAUUGAUAUUUUGUGGCAAAAAUGCCGAAUACAAGUGAAUUCGGUUCCCAACUGUCCAUCGGAUCCAAUACCUCCAAGUCAUCCAACACUAAGAGCGAGUCCGUCAAAGUGAUAGUCCGUUGCCGACCGAUGAGCGACAAGGAGGUGAAGGGCGGACACAAACAGAUAAUAGACAUGUAUUGCGACAGAGGAGUCAUUCAGAUCCAUAAGCCAUUGGCCGCUGAGGAGGAGUCGCCAAAGAUCUUCACUUUCGAUGCCGUCUAUGACUGGAACUCAAACCAAACGGAUCUCUACGAAGAGAUAUUCCGACCAUUAGUUGAUUCAGUGCUCGAGGGCUUCAACGGAACGGUCUUUGCUUACGGACAGACCGGCACUGGAAAGACGUUCACAAUGGAGGGCUCGGCAGACAAACCCGGGAUUAUUCCCAAUUCGUUUGAACAGAUCUUCAGUUGUAUCGCUCGAUCACAUAAUCAGCAAUAUUUGGUCCGAAGCUCUUAUCUGGAGAUAUAUCAGGAGGAGAUCAAGGAUUUGCUGUCCAAAGACCAGAGCCUAAGACUUGAACUCAAAGAACGGCCCGAUAUUGGAGUUUAUGUGAAGGACUUGUCAUCGUUUGUGUGCAAAAGCAUCAAAGAGAUCGAACACGUGAUGUCUUGUGGUCACCAAAACCGUAGUGUCGGCGCCACUAACAUGAAUGAGCACUCGUCCCGAUCUCACGCUAUAUUCAUCAUAACUAUAGAGCACUCGGAGGAAGGGGUUGACGGACAGAACCACAUAAGAGUCGGGAAAUUAAAUUUAGUUGAUUUGGCCGGAAGUGAGAGACAGGCGAAGACGGGAACUGUGGGUCAGAGACAGAAGGAAGCGAUUAAAAUAAAUCUGUCGUUGUCUGCGUUGGGGAACGUUAUCUCAUCGCUGGUCGACGGGAAGAGUACUCACAUCCCAUACCGAGACUCAAAGUUGACGCGUCUUUUGCAGGACUCAUUGGGCGGUAAUGCGAAGACAGUGAUGGUCGCCAACAUAGGGCCCGCCUCUUAUAACUACGAGGAGUCCCUAACGACACUCAGGUAUGCAAACAGAGCCAAAAACAUCAAAAACAGUCCCCGAGUUAAUGAGGACCCGAAGGACGCGCUGCUCAGAGAAUUUCAGUCAGAGAUUGAAAAACUGAAACAACAAUUGAUGGAUAAGAGGAAACGAAAAGAGAAUAGACUUUCCGGUGGUCUCAGCGAUGAUCAGAUGAUUCAAUCCUUAGAGAGUACGCCUGCCAUAGACACGGAAGCAGUUGAGAGACUCCAGACAAAGAUCAAAGCCAUGGAAAGCAAACUAUUGGUCGGCGGCAAGAAUAUUGUCGAUCACACGAAUCAACAGCAGAAAGAAUUGGAGCUCAAGAACGUGAAGGAAGUGAAUGCUCGGGAGCGCCGGGAGUUGGAGAACAUGCAGAACGAGUUGAUGAAGGACUUGAAACUCAAGUAUUUAAUUAUUGAUAACUUCAUACCAAUCGAAGAGAAAAACAAACUCUUGAGUCGUAUUGUCUUCGAUGACGACGAAGAGAACUGGAAGAUAGUGAAGACGCCGAGCACUGAGAGUUCAUCUAUAUCCUCACUCUUAUAUUACCUGACGCUCGACCUGUACUCGUGGGCAUGGUGUUUCCUGAUGUUGCGAGGGUCUGAGAGUGGCCGAGUGAGGGCUGCGCUCGAGAACGCUCUGAAACGGGAGGACGACAUCGACGUUGAGAUCAAUUCAAUACCGGCGCCCACUUCUCGCCGAAAGGGAAAGGAAAAGGAGUCGCCGAACGGCAAUAUACUGCGACCGCUAACUGCCCUUAAGAUUUCCAAUCGAAGUUCGUCUCGAAAUUUAUGCGAACGGCCGGACACUGCGAGUGCCAUGGUCAGGAAGGGAGUCCGCUCUCCUGAGUAA